AGAUUAAGGACCGACAUGGCUCCACCUGCUGAGGACUACUACUGCCGUCAGUUCCAGCCCAACACCUUUGACCCCUCCCGGUGCAGCUCCUGCCUGAGGCCGGAUCACAUGCACCUGAGCAGCAACACUAGGCCUACUGCUGCUGCUGCACAGCAGGACGGCUCGCGAGAGUGGGAUGUGGAUGAUGAUAAUCGCGCCCUGUCUGAGGUGACCACAAGUGCCAGUAGUGAUGACGUCAGUGGUGUUUGGACCUACGAGUGGAGUCUGGUCCACAGUCUGAGCCCUGAGUGGGAACUUAAUAUCUGUGACACUGACAUACAAUCCAGCUUUCCAAAUCAUUGCGACUGUCCAGAGAGGAGCAGAUCCCUCAGCUCAGAGACGCACUGUGUGGCUCAAAGAGAUAUGACCCGGUUGGAUCCUUCUCCCAACCGUGGCACUGAAAGCUCCUGGAUGGAUGAGAGGAGGGGCAGGGACAGGUCCCGCCGGGCAUCAGAGUCCAGAGGAGACAGGGAACAAGAGAGUGGCUACUUCUCUCCAGACAGAAGAGGUGAUGGUGAGCGGCAGAUGGACGAAGUUAAUAAACGGCGGUAUCGUUACUACGAGAGGGGGCAUCCUCUUCCAAGCAACUAUGUUCCUGAGCCCAAAGCAUGCGUUCCCUACAGGAACGUCAGCCUCGGCGUGCCCUCCCAGAGGAGGAACCCAGAGACGUAUAUGCAGGAAGCUUGGAGAAGUGAAUCCCCUGAGAGGUACACGUAUCACUCCAACUUUAGACGGGGAACUGAUUCACAGAGGAAUUCACCAACACGUCACAGCUCUGUGAGCCCAGAUCGCUACAAGUUAAGUGAAUAUCCUGUGGGAACCCAGCGAAGGAGCUCCCUCUCCAGGAGUCAGGCUCGGUCUCACGCCUCAUCUCAUGGCUCCUCUCAGCUUCCAUCACACGGUCCUUCUCUGCACACAUCCGGCAGGUCCAGUCCAUCCCGCAGGAGGGGGUCCAUUGCCUCUCGGACCACCUCACCCUCUAGGGCUACCCCUUCUCACAGGCACACAGAUGCUUUCCAUUUACAGAACUGUGAAUAUGAUGCACAGAAGAGAUGCAGCCGAGAGUCAAAGAGUCCAUCACAAGCUUCAAACAAACACAGUUUAGACUCUGAGAAACUCUACAGGAAUCUGGAGUCUAUCUCCCGCCGUGGAUCCUCGGCCGUCCAGCAAAACUCAUACAAGGGAUCUCAAGCAUCUCCUCGAACCAGAACAGUUGUCAACAGUUCGGCCAACACUUGCACUCGCAACAGCCGUGAAGUAUCACCGCCCAGAAACGUCUACAGUACACACAGUCACACCCCACAAAGGGAGCCCUACUCCAGAGAUAGCAGACUGAGUCUUUCUCAAGGCUCCUGGCAGGGGUCCUCACACUCUUUACUCAGCCUCCCACCCUCUCGUGGUUCCUCCACAUCAAGGCGAGGUGCAAACUCUCAGGUGCUUGGUGGAUCACUGUCACAUGUUGCAAUCACAGAAACUGAUAAGGCCAAUGAGGGGAAUAACAAGGUCAGUGGUGACAGAAGCAGGAGCAACAUGAGGCGAGGCAUGGAGGCCUUACUGAUCUCUGAACCCAAGAAGGCUGCAGUAGAAGUGGAGGAGGUGGGGAUGACCAUGGACGACUACAUUGUCCUGGCUGAUAUUCCAAAGAUCCAGCUGGAGUCAGAGGAAGAGGUACCAGGGCUGAGGAGGAGGAACCAGAGUCCCAGCCCAUGCAGGGACAAGAAACUUAGGACUUACAGGUAUCAAGAUGAAAUAGACAUCUACAGUUCAAGGCUAGAGUCAGACGAGAGGGGGAGAGGCAGAGAGAGGGGCAGAGACAGACGAGAGAAAUGUCGGGACUCUGAGAACGGACGAUCAUCUCGAAGACAGUCAACCGCAUCUCUUCAUACACAAAGUUCAGAUAAUCAAAGUGGAAAACACAGAUCUUCAAUGGUGAAGGAGCAAGCUCCUCCUGAACGCCCGCAGACACAGGGGUGGAUGUCCAGACUGAAUGAACAUGGCAAGUGGAGGAAACAGUGGUUUGUUCUGGGUGAUACUUCGCUGAGGUACUACAGAGACUCAGAGGCUGAGGAGUCAGAUGAUCUGGACGGAGAGAUCGACCUGACAUCCUGUGUGAAUGUGUCAGACUGUGAUGUAGAGAAGAAUUAUGGACUCCAAAUACAAACAAAGAGAGCAGUGUUCACUCUCUCUGCUAUGACCUCCAGAAUACGGCGAAACUGGGUGAAGUUACUAAAGCAGGCGAUCCAGAACAACACGCACCAAUCAGACACCGGCAGCGAGAAAGAGAACCCCCUUUCCCGGAGACCGUUGUCAUGCCAACCCCCUGCUCGGUUCACCUGCAAGGACUCCGGCUUUGAACCUACCACUUCCACCUCCACCACCACAGCUGCAAACUCCCAACAGGCCGACCACUACCACCAAACUGUGAACGGGGAUCUGGACUUAUCUCCAGCCAGUCAGAGAGAGGAAGGGGAGGGCUUGGACCGCGAGCAAGUGAAGCGAUUGGAGGAGAGGAACAAGUGGUUUGAGGAGGGGGUCCCCUUCAGUGAGAUGGGCAGCAGGUGGGACUCCAUGGAGCUGAAAAGGGGGAGUGUACCUGUGCCUGUUAUUGAGACCAUGGACUCAGAGGUCAACAUGAAGUGGGCAGAAUUUGAGACGCUGUCAUUUAGCGACAUGAGCGCGCAGUCUCUCAUUGGAGCCCAGGCUUAUCAAUCAAGCACCCCGCAGGCAUCACAGUCUCUCGAUUACUCCCAGAUGGAUCAAUCGAGCCCUGAAGAGGGUGAACAGCCUGUCACUGGUUCACAAACUGAUAUAUCGAGCUCAAAGGGGACUCUUCCAUCCAUAAAUGGAGCCCAAACCAUUCAUACAAACACAGCUGAAGCUCUUCAAAAGGAGGCGCUCUCUCUUCGAAAGCAAGUGGAAAGCAUUAAAAGGGAGCGUGCAGCCAUGGGGAUGGAGGCGGACAGCCCGUGUGGCCCCGGGGCCCCCUGUAGGGCCAGACUAGAAGCCAUGGAAGUAGCCCAUCGGAAAGCACUGCAGGAGCUGCAGGAGAAACACGCGAGGGAGAUCAGAGAGCUGGAGGAACAGAGAGGCAGGAUGCUGCAGGAGGAGAGCCAGGCAGCUGCUAAAGCUAUGGAGGCACUGAGAGCAGCUCACAGAGAGGAGCUGGAGAGAGAGGUGGAGAAGGCCAGGAGGUUGGCUGGAGGAGCUGCGCACGUGGAUGCUUCUUACAGAGGCCACAUGCCCCAGGCGGACGUCUUGCACACUGAGUUAAAUGUGCUGUCAGAGCGCUACUCUCAGAAGUGCCUGGAGCUGAGCCGCACUGAGCAGAGCAGCAAGGGCCGAGAGACUGAGCUCGGUCGCAAGGAGAGAGAGCUGGAGCAGCUCAGAAGAGAGAACCAGGAUCUGAAGGCCAAGCUGGCGGAAGAGAUCAGCCGCAUGCGUUAUUUCAUCACAGGCCAGAGGUCGGACGUGGUAUCUCUUGGCAACACUGAGCGCACUGCGUCAGAAUUAGAGACGUUACUAAGAGCAAAAGACAAUGAGGUGCAGUAUCUUAAAAAAGAAAUCAGCUGUCUACAGAAUGAAGUGCAGGCUCUUACCAAGGAGAAAGAAGCAGCUUAUGAGCGUUAUAAGGAGACCUAUGUAGAGCUGAGUGACAUGAAGGGGCGUAGCCAGUUGGAGAUGGGCUGCCUCAACGAACACUUGAGACUGGCCAACACUGCACUUCAGGAGAGAGCGAGACAGACUGACCAAUGAGGACAACUGUUAAAAACAUACCCUGAAGAACAAAAGAUAGCAAGCCAAUAUAAAAGAUUUACAAAGUAUUACAACAACAUAACAAUACAAUAAUAUUAUGUGCAGUUAUGACUGGAUAUGACCUAGAAGAGUCAGAAUAAGAAUUAUGGCAACUACUGUGUACUUGGAAACCACCAUCCAAAGACUGUUGAGAUUAAACAAGAGUUUAUCCACGUGUAA